AUGAAACAGGACUACAAUGUUCAGGUCCAUCCAAAAAUGAUCCAAAGGGCUUUGAAAGAAGCUAGGGAAAUUGUUGUUGGGAAUGACAAGGCACAAUAUGGGAAGUUGUGGGAUUAUUUACAAGAGUUGCAUAGGAGUAACCCAGGCAGCACGGCUGACAUGUGUGUUGACCCAAUUCCGCAAUCUCUACCGCUGUUUGACAAAAUUUACAUAUGCUUAGAUGCGUGCAGAAAUGGAUUUGUUAAGGGUUACAGACCACUAAUAGGCCUAGAUGGAUGCUUUUUAAAGGGGUAUUAUGGAGGCCAACUCCUAACUGCAAUGUCACUUGAUGCUAACAACCAUGUAUUCGUUAUUGCAUAUGCUAUUACAAGAGCAGAAAACACAGAGAACUGGAUGUGGUUCUUAACUCGGCUUCAGGAUGAUUUGGGAGACCAUCAAGUGCGUGGAUGGAAUCUCAUGUCCGACCAACAGAAGGGACUUAUGCGUGCAGCAAAGGAAGUCAUGCCCUAUGCACACCAUAGAAAUUGUGUGCUGCACAUUUGGAAGAAUCUUCAACAAAGAUUCAAUAACAAGCAGGUAAAAGGACUGUUAUGGCAUGCUGCCAAGUGCACUACUCAGGUACAGUUCAAAGCACCAAUGGAGAAGUUUAAAAGUGAGUGCCAUGGAGGAUGGGAGUAUAUGAAUCAAUUUGACCCAGGAGUUUGGUGCAAGGCAUAUUUCAGUCAUGGUCCGAAGAAUGACAGCCUCACCAAUAACAUGUGUGAGGUUUGGAAUUCUAUGAUAGUUAAGGCAAGGGAGAAGCCGAUUCUAACAAUGUGUGAAGAAAUAAGGUGUACAAUAAUAAAAAAGAUGGCCAAGCACAAGAGGAUUCUAGGGAGGUGCAUUGGAAAACUGGCACCAAUGCAGCAGUGGAGGCUUGACAGGCACAUUAAACCACAGAGUCAUAAAUGGAAUGCACAAUGGAGCGGAGAUAAUGACAGGGUUCUAUUUGAAGUUACUAGGGGAAAACACAAAUUAGGCGUCAAUCUCCAACAACAUACAUACACUUGCAAUGCAUGGCAGUUGACAGGGAUGCCAUGUGUCCACGCAGUUGCUGCUAUCUCUAAGUUGAGGAUCAAGGCUGCUGAAGACUUUGUGAGCCCUUAUCUCACUAUGGAUGCUGUGAGGAAAACAUAUGACUUGUGUGUAAAUCCAGUGAACAGCAAAAAAUUUUGGGAGAAGACAGACCAUCCAAAGCCACAACCACCCAGGAUAGUAAGACCAGCUGGUCGUCCAAAGAAACGCAGGACUGAAUCCGGUGCACCCCCUCCCCCUCCCCCAGUGAUUGGCGACAAAAUGAAAAGAACUUUUCAGGUAACGUAUAGCAAAUGUGGGGAGAAGGGGCAUUAUUAUAAAACAUGCAAGGGAGCACCAGCUAAACCCGACUGGCAACCAAAAAGGAAGAAGGCAAAAGUGGCUAGCAAAGCUUUGGUUGCGAUGACUGAAAAUGUAGCUCCUGUCCUUCCCCCUAUAGGGAAUGUGGCUGGUAUUGAUGGUGGUGUAAAUAACAUACCUGUUGAAGAACCUGAACCUAUUAACCUGGAUCCUCUUGAUACGGCUAGGAAAAAUAAGAAAAAAAUGCCAAAGAGGCCGCAUGUAGAGCCAGAUGAGAUAAACAUUUCACAAACUGCCCCAACUGCAGAGGUUCCAGAAACUGAUCAAACUACUCCAAUAAAUCAGACCACAACUCAGGCUCCAAAGGCUCAGCCCCAUUCUGCAGCUCCAAAGUUUAGGCCCAAACAGAUGGUCAGAAGACCCCCAAGUCCUCCAGUGCAGUCCAACGAACAUCCUCACAAUGUACAAGCCUAA